AUGCCUUUUGGGCAGCAGACUGCGAAGCAGAUCAUCGAACGAGUAGCCAACAAUGAGACAGGAAUGGAAACCCUGGAUCUCACGAAGAACGCUUCCUUUCAAAUGAAAGCGCUGGAGAACACGAGCAACCUGGCAGAGGCGCUAAAGAAGAACACAGUUAUCAGGACGCUGGUGUUGCGCGAGUGCGAGAUUUCCGAUGCUGGGGCAGAGGCUUUGGGCGCAGCACUGGCGGUGAACCAGGGCAUUGAAGAUCUCGAUUUGCAGCAAAAUCAUCUCAGCACAAGGGGGGCAAUCACUAUAUCCAAAGGCCUGGCGUCCAAUCAGGCGUUGAAAACGCUAAAUCUCAUGAAUCAAAAUCACAAGAUUAGCGAGGAGGCGCUUGAAAGCUUCAUCAACAUGUUUCAGACAAACCUGACGUUGACAAAGCUUAUGUGGAAAGUGGAUUCUCGCAGAACCUGGGAAGUGUCCAAGCUCAUCACCCGCAACGUGGAGAUCGGACGCCGCAAAGCUAACGGUGGCUCUUUUCAUGACCUCCUCCCUACCAAACUGCGGAGUCAGCAGGCGGAACCAGGAGAGAGAAAUCCUCCCGUGGAAGCUAAGUCUGCAUACCCAGACGCGGCAUCUGCGACCAAUGUGAGCCCGCCGGCUCCAAGCGAGGUGCAGGCGCAGGUUGAGCCUGUUGCAGAGACUGGCCAAGAUACAACAGAAAAAUCUCCUGGCGAAGACACUCCAGCCAAAGGUGGUCCGCAAGGCGCUGCACAGUCAGAGGACUGUGCCACAGCUGAGAGUCCACAGCCCAGUGGAGCGGCUGAUGGUGAAGAAGCCACGUAG